AACGGAAAAUAAAGCAGGGGACGGGUUUGGCAGAGAGACGUGUGGAAAGGGUGGCACUGAGUUAGUUCCUCCGAGAUGUUCCCGAGGGUCUCGGAGCUUCUACGUCUUCGCCCCCUGUCCCGCGUCCCUUUGCCCUGUGGAAGCCCGGAGGUGUCCGCGGCUGCAGUUUUACCAUUUGCUGCUCCUCCCGGAACGGUCAGGACAAAAAAUAUCCAAAGAUAUUUUGGUACCAGCAGUGUGAUCAAUAGGAAGAAAGAUGCGAAGUCUGAUCCAGUUGGCAAUAUUUCAAAGAGACAAGACCUUGUAAAAAAGGAUGAGAAAAAAAAUAUAUCAGAAAUAAUUAAAGGCAUGAAAGUUGAAUUAAGCACAGUAAAAGUACAAACAACAAAGCCACCCAGCAGCAAACCACUUAAAAAUGUGGCAGCUGCCAUGAACAAGCCCCCAAGAGCUGCAGAAGAUGCUCCAGAGAAGCGAAAUGAGCCCUUAAGUCCUGCGUUGGUAGCAGCUGCAUCUGCUGUUGCAGCUUCCCUCCCUCGUGACAAGCAGAUGACCAAGUCAGAGCUGCUGGAACGGCUGAAGCAGCAUGAGCAGGACUCAGUGUCCCAGAAAGAGAAAGAGAAACCUAAAAUCAGUUUCAGUGCCAUUAUAUCAGAUAUGAAAGUUGCCAGAUCUGCUAAAACUAGAGCGUCAAGACCAGAGCAUCAGAUUCAGUUUGAUGAAGGAUUUAACAGUUCUCUUGGACAGGAUGUAAUAUCUGAUCUUAAAAAAAGUGUUAAGAAAGAUUUAUUCAAAGGGAAGAGACUUAAUAUUUUUGAUAUGGAGCAAUUUUCUGAAGAAGCACCUCAAACAGAGGCACCACCUUCUCUUUGGGAUAUGGAAUUUGCAAAGCAGUUAGCCACAGUAAAUACACAGCCUUAUCAGAAUGGGUUUGAAGAAAUGAUCCAGUGGACAAAAGAAGGGAAACUGUGGGAAUUCCCAAUUAACAAUGAAUCAGGUCUUGAUGAUGAUGGUUCUGAAUUUCAUGAACAUAUAUUUCUGGAUAAAUACCUGGAGGAUUUUCCAAAACAAGGACCAAUUCGCCACUUCAUGGAUUUGGUGACUUGCGGUCUUUCCAAAAACCCAUAUCUGAGUGUUAAACAGAAGGUUGAACACAUAGAGUGGUUCCGAAAUUAUUUUAAAGAAAAAAGGGACAUUUUAAAAGAAAAUAACAUACAGUUCAACUAAGACCUUAGAAAUUUUUAUUUCAAGCUAUUGGAAAUUGAUAUAAUGAAAUAAAAAUAAUUCUAGUUUAAUGUUAAUUAGUACAUCUGAUUUGACUGAUAUAAGUCAUAAAGAAUCCACUUGUCAAAAAUUGCCUUUUGAAAGGAAAGUUUAUUCUGGUGAACAGAGACUGAAAUCAGGAUAUUCUAGCAGCUAGCUGGGAAAAGCUAAGUUUAUCACGUGUGUGUGCGGAUGGCUGACGUUGGGAGAGAGAUAGUGGCAGCUAGCUGGGAGAGAUUUCAUCCGAGAAUGGAUGGGCUAACACUCGGAAAGAGAGAGAGCUACUAACUGGGAAAGGAAUUAGACUUAUACAGGUAUUGAAGGGGCUAAGGAAUCUGGGGUGAAAUGUUCAUUGAGUUGGAUGCUCAAGGACAGUGUGAUCAGUUGUGUACACAGUUACUCUGUUUCUUGGCACCAAGGGGGUUGUAUACUACCUUUUUAGUCCAUUUGCACUAUGUACUGGACAACUGCUGUUGUCUGCUACAAGCAGCCUGUUGGCUUGCUUUGUCCCAUUUGUUUGUGAAGAACUCACGUCAUGCCUGACAAUAUGAAUGAAUGUUAGUUUUUAAGUAUGAUGGUACCUAAGGGAUACCCUUCUAUGGAGAAAAGUCCAUUCAUAGAUUUAAAAGAAUCUCUGAGUAUUAGUGGUAGGUUUAAGGCAACUCCCAUCUAACUUUUUUCUUUUCACUCAGUGCCUGUACUGCUUUGAAAUACAGUGUAAUAGCCGUAUAUCUGAUGACACCAAAGUACUUGCACUAGU